AUGCAGAGUUAUCCUCUGUCCUCCGCGCCUCCCUCGGGCCCGAAGAACUAUGUCUUUGUCGAUGAGCACAACCGGCAUAAACGCCUGAAGGUGAUGCGAGCCUGUGAGGGCUGCCGGCGGAGGAAGAUCAAAUGCGAUUCCGCCACGACCAACACCUGGCCGUGCGCGGCAUGUGUGCGACUCAAGCUCCAUUGUGUACCUCCGGCAGGCGGUCUGGAAGAGGAUGCAGGAGAUAUUGCCCCGGCAAACCCUGUGGACGAGCCGCGAGGACCGCGACCGUUCUCGACACCAUCGGUCGCACCCGGUCAACAGGCGCAAGGUUAUGCGCCCGCCGCCCCUGCAUUCCAACUCACCCAAGGCGACAGCUAUGCUUACGACACAUAUGUUGCCAACUACCAAAAACCUUCGUUUCAGGCAGCCGAACAAUCGUAUGGCGACUUCUAUCCGGCGGCUCACCCAUAUUCUGGCACCAUCAGCGACCCUUAUCAGGACGCCGCCCAGACAUUUCGCCGUGUCCAAGACGACGAGAAGUCCUACGGACAAGAGCGUGCCGGUUCGUCACCUAUCGACCAGUUCACCGCUGAGGAUCUUAUGGAUCACCUCGGCCAGCUAAAGAUCAACGACGCCGGAGUCGCAGGCUACAUCAGGGCCGAGAAAAGCAGCAAGGAACAGGAUCCCCCGAUCCAUGAAACGGAGCCUGAGCCAAGGAUCGCAGCGGCCUUUAGGACUGAUGCGGGCUCUCAGAUCCGGAUCCCCCCAGCUCUAAUGCCGUCCCAGGAGGAAGCAAUGCAGGCGUUCGACACGUACUUCACAAAUGUUCACCCAUACGUACCGGUCCUGAACAAAAGCCAAUUUUAUGACCAAUGGCAGAACGACCCGUCCUCCAUAUCACCACUCGUUAUGGAAGCCAUUUUUGCUAACGCAGGUCGUCUGUCCGAUGAUCCAGCUCAAGGUGCGCAAUGGCUGGCAUUAGCGAACAAACACGAGCCAUUCUUCCUCGACAGCCCGCGGCUAAGUAACCUCCAAGCCUUGUUGCUCUUGCUCAAGGCUCGGGAGAGCUCGCCCAAAAGAGGCUACUAUUACCGGUCGUGGAUGACGAUCAAGACGGCGAUCACGAUGGCAAAGGACCUUGAGUUGCACGAGCACCACGAAACGCACUCGAGUGGACAACCGUGUGGCUCCGAUCCUAUAGAGUGUCUGACCAAGACCCGGAUUUGGCAGACUCUUUUGGUCUGCGAGACCAUGGUUGGAGGACCGCAAGGACGCACCGACUACGGCGUGGAUCCCAAUUCCGUCGAUACCAGCGAGAAUCCACCUUGUUCAAACGUGGACGAGUACGAAAAGGCCAUUUCUCGGCAAUUCGCCUAUUUCGUCCGCAACGUUCGCAACAUCCGCCUGAUCUCAGACACGUACAUCAAGCUGAAAAAGAAAAAGGACUGGGCUCUCGAUCAGGAAUUCGUGGCAUACAACAAGGCGUUCAAGAAGUGGCCAGAUGAAUUGCCCACUGACUUCCAGCUGCAUUUGUCGGCCGGCCAAGUGCCCCAGGUGCCGUCCCACUUCUUGGGAAACAUGCAUUCUCACUAUCAUCUGGCGGUUGUCAUGCUGCAUCGUCCACAGCUCAAGGCGUCUGAAUCGUUCGGGGCCGACAGCCAGUGGAGAUACCACAUGAGCGUCUGCUACAACUCUGCAAAGAUCCUGUGCCGGCUGCAGGAGGGUAUCCUGGCCAACUUCGACCUCACCGGACUGCUGGUGAUGCAACGAGGCAUCAACUUCACCAUCUACGCCAUCCUGACCUGCGUCAUGCUUCACCUGGUGGCGCUUUCGUCGCCCGAUCCAGAGUUCAACCUCGAGGCCAAGGAUUUCUUUGUCCGGCACAUGAGGAUCCUGGAGCGCUGUGUCUCGGCGUGGCCCAUGCCAGAAACGGAGGCCCAAAUCUACGCUCUUCGCGCCGCAUUCUCGGCCGACGUCAACAAGCCUUUCGAACUGAAGGAAUCGUUCCCUCACGGCACGCCGUCGGAGCAUUCUCGCCCGUCGCCCGUCUCUCCUCCUGCGUCGGAAAAGCCACAACAACCGCCACAACUGCAACCGCAGAAGUCGAUUGAGCUCCACCCGUCUCAACAGGGGAAGCCCGGCGCCUACGUGUCCCAGCACAUGAACCAAAUAUCAAGACAGUCAGGCUACCUUGCAACUCCACCUGUGUCGGUCUACGCCGCGGAUUCCAAACCCCCCACGCCGAUGUACGCGCAGGGUUACGACCUCGCGGAACAGAACUCGUAUUCGAGCUUGCCGACCUCCGCUGGCGGAUACUACCAACAAGCCCCCUCGGUGACCGACAUCCAAUGGAAUCCAACCCCGAUCAUGGACCAGUUUGACACGGCCUUUGCGAUUCCUCCGUCGGCACUUGCACCCCCACCGUCACUCUACGGUGGAAGCGGCGCCUCGCCGCCAGGAAACAUGCCGAAUAUGCAUCACGCGGCUUCCUUUCAAUCUACGGGGUCUCCGACGUACCCUUCAACCACGUCACCUGGAUAUGGUGCCCAGCACCAGCACCAGCAGCACCAACAGCAUCAGCAUCAACAUCAGCAACAACACCAACAGCAGCAGCAGCAGCAACAGCAUUACUUCGCAGCGCAACAAGCGCAAUCAUUCCACGAUACGUCGCCCCCGGUUGCCACGCACGCGCAGUUACCUCAAGCCCCAUCGACCGGGUACGCGACGGCCGGAGGGUCUGGACCGGCUGGCAUGUUCGUCACGUCGCAGCAGUGGCAGCAAAGUGUGGCGCAUGUCUUUGACGCGGGCAGAUUGAAGAGACGGUGGGAUUACACUCAAUAG